AUGGUAUUCCGGGAUUUGAAUCCCGUGCUGCACUACUCGUCGCUGCUGCGCCUCGCGCUGCCCUCCAUUCUCCUCCAGAGCGGCGCGCCGCUCGCCAUCACCUUCCAGACCGCGCUCCUCGGUCGCAAGUCCACGGAGAUCGUCGCCGCAUGGGCCAUCGUCGCAACCGCUACGAAUGCGGCUACAGUCGUCUUCAACUUCCUCGUCGUCGGCGUCACUGCCAAG